ACUUCCACCCAUUACUGCAUACGUUUCUUUCUUACCGUUUUGUUCCCAACAACAACAACAAAUAUCAAAGCCCAUUUACCACUCUUUCCAAGUCUAUGGAUUUCUUCUUCGUCUCCCUCUGACUAUUCAUUUUUCUCACCACCUUAACCUCUCUCUCUCUCUCUCUCUCUCUCUCUCUCUCUCUCUCUCUCUUUCUAUCUCUUUGACUUUGCAAUGCUGCAGAUUUGUUUGCUUUGCUCUCCUUGAGUCGCUUUUCAAUGUUUCUAAGCAAACGGCAGAGGCCAAUAAAGAUCGAAAGAUUGAAAGAUUAAAGAUUGAAGAUCGAGGAUUGAAGAAUAAAGGAUUUCUAUAGGAAAUCAUGGGUGGGAGUUUUUCAAAACGUCAGAGAUCAUCAAGAUAUCCUUCUGAUGCAUCUGGCUCGUAUUCUUGGGGUUACCAAGGUUAUCCACAGCCUCCAUAUAUGCCUCCAAACCAUGAGUAUGGGCAGCCGCAAUAUGCAUCAACACCCCAAAGCUAUGGUGAAGUUCACGCACCUGAAUCCAAAAGAAGGUUGGAGAGGAAGUAUUCAAAAAUAGAUGAUAAUUACAAUAGCCUGGAGCAGGUAACUGAGGCACUGGCGCGUGCUGGCCUGGAGUCCUCCAAUCUUAUUGUUGGUAUUGAUUUCACAAAGAGCAAUGAAUGGACAGGUGCUAGGUCAUUCCAGCGUAAAAGCUUGCAUCACAUUGGAGAUGCUCAAAAUCCUUAUGAGCAGGCAAUAUCAAUUAUUGGCAAAACAUUAUCUUCCUUUGACGAAGAUAACUUGAUUCCUUGUUUUGGAUUUGGAGAUGCAUCAACCCAUGACCAAGAAGUUUUCAGCUUCUAUCCAGAUGAGAGGUUCUGUAAUGGAUUUGAGGAAGUUUUGACACGUUAUAGAGAGUUAGUCCCUCAGCUACGACUUGCAGGGCCCACAUCAUUUGCCCCAAUUAUUGAAAUGGGCAUCACUAUAGUUGAGCAGAGUGGUGGCCAGUACCAUGUGUUAGUGAUAAUUGCUGAUGGACAGGUGACUAGGAGCAUUGAUACUGAGCGUGGCCAGUUAAGCCCACAGGAAAAGAAGACUGUUGAAGCAAUUGUGAAAGCAAGUAAUUACCCCUUGUCAAUUAUACUCGUUGGGGUUGGUGACGGGCCAUGGGACAUGAUGAGGGAAUUUGAUGACAACAUCCCUGCUCGGGCCUUUGAUAAUUUCCAGUUUGUGAAUUUCACAGAAAUAAUGUCAAAGUAUAUGGACCGUUCAAGAAAAGAAGCAGAGUUUGCUCUUGCAGCUUUGAUGGAAAUACCAUCCCAGUAUAAAGCAACGCUAGAGCUCAACAUACUAGGCACUACUCGGGGGAAGGUUAUAGAUAGAGUUUCUCUUCCUCCGCCUUCGUAUGGAGCGGCUUCAUUUAAUACCUCAAAGCCACCUCCACAAUCAAGCAGUUUCCGUCCAAGUGCCCCUUCUUCUGGAGGAUACAAUGCUCCCGUUGGCAGGGCCACUCCUGCUGCUUCUGCUUCCGAUAAUCAUCUUUGUCCCAUCUGCCUUACCGAUCCGAAGGAUAUGGCAUUUGGCUGUGGACAUCAGACAUGUUGUGGAUGUGGACAAGACCUUGAACUAUGCCCAAUUUGCCGUAGCACCAUCCAGACCAGGAUAAAGCUCUACUAAUGGAGUUUUUGUAGGAAGGGCUUUUUUUAUUUUUUAUUUUGGCCGCUAUAGGAAAUCAACUUGGAGACCCUUUGUAAAUAUUCCAGUGUUUGUCAAAAGCUAUACGAAUAAUAUCUUCUGAAUGAGCUAGAUCAGCUAUAGAAUUGAAAGGUCAUUCUUGGGCAAGUCUUCUAGGCUUGUUGGACUUGAAUACCAUUGGGCAGAGAUGAUUUUGCUGCUAUCUAUAGUUUGAUUGGGACAGAGUCCUGUUGAUAUUGUUCUUUAGCUUCUACUUUGGUUCAAUUUUAUUCAAUGCAUUAUUGUACCUGUUGCUUUGUGGUGGUCCAUAUGAAAAAUACAACUUGCUACAUCUUCUGGUGAUUGGACAAAUUUAAGUCUCAAAAAUAAAAGAAAUAAUAGAAGGCCAUUGAUUCAACUUGCCAAUAGCAUUUUAUUUUA